CUGGGAUUGCAGAGAUGUCUUUUGGAUUGCUUUUCCGGGAGAAAAAAAAAAUCUAAUAACUUCUACAGAACAAAGAACAUUGCACUUUCGAAGAACCCAAACCCUAUACUCUUUGGGAUUGCAGAGAUUUUCUCAGAGUUUAUCCUAUCUUCCUUGUUCGAUUCUCCUUCAAAGUUCGAAUUCAAACCCUAGAUUUGUUGGGAUUCCAAGGAUUUUGCUAAGGGAAUCAAAGUUGUUAUUGUUGAAAAGUCACUCGAAAGCAGGAUCGAUGGACCCCAAUGACCCCAAAAUCGUUGAUGUCGACCUGGAACCAAGCGAAGAGAUUCUGGAAGAUGAGGGUGAGCAUGAUUCAGGAAAUGAGGCAGAAACCAAAUUUGUACCAAUUUUCAUUCAUUUGGGUGGGAGGUUUAUACAGGGAGUUGCACCUAGUGAAAAGGGUACGGUUGACGACAAUCCUGUUGAGGUUGAGGGGAGAGUAGAAAAUGAUCAUGUUGAUGUGGAAGGCAAAGUUGAGGAUGCUGGUCAUACGGUUGAGGUUGAAGGCAGAGUUGAGGAUGCUGAUGAUGAUGGUAAUGAAGACAAUGAACAUUCCGAGGAUGAAGAUGAUUUUCUUCCAUAUAUAUCAGAAUUGAGUGAUAAUGAAGAUGAGGAAACUGUCGAGGCGAGAAAGAAAAUGAAGUCUUUGCAUGAGGCGUCUUUGCAUGAGGCAACUUCUAGAUCAAAAAAUGCUAGGAAAGGUGUUAAGUAUGGUCGUAGUCAACCAUCAGCAACUAGUCAUGAAAUUCCCUCAUCUUCAAUUGGUCACAAUGAUCUUGGUCCUGAGGAUUCAUUAAGCUCAGAUGAUGAUAUCAGCUACAUUUCAACAAGUGAAGAAGAUGGAAGUGAAGUUGAACACGCUAGGAGAAGGAAGGGUAGGCACAAAGUUUUAAGAGGAACAAAUGAUGGCAAUGUGUUAAUAAAUGUCGUUGCAGACCUUUUUCCAAAUGCAGAACACAGACAUUAUGCUAGGCACAGAUAUGCCAACUUCAAGAAGAAACACAAAGGGAAGGAAUUGCAAGCCUUAUUUUGGAGAUGUGUGAAGGCAUUGAAUGAGGCAAAAUUCAAUACAACCUUAGUAGAGUUAGGCAAAUUGAAGCCUGCAACAAGGGAUGACAUAAUGAAUGUAGAUCCCAAGCAUUGGAGCAGAGCUUUUUUCAAAGCUGAAAUUAAGUCAUCUGUGGUCGACAAUAACAUGUCAAGAACUGUUUUUAGGAGAGAGUUUGGAUCUGCUAAGUUUGUGGGAGAAUUUGGCUCUAAGAUAUGGACUAAGAUUGUACGGAAUAGGAAAGGUAGCAAGAAAUGUAAAGUCCUAUGGCCUGGUGGAGGUGGUUUUGAAGUUGAGGAUUACCUGAAUAGUAAAAAUAAAGUCGAUUCAGGCAGAAACACUUAUAUUGUAGAUUUUGAAGAUAGAAAAUGCACCUGUAGGUAUUGGGAUAUAUCUGGGAUUCCUUGUAGACAUGCCAUGACUGUGCCGCAAAUGGAGAAUGAACCAUCUGUGGAGCAACCACCCCUUGUUGAGGACAACCAUCCACCAUCUGUUGAUGACAACCAGCCACCCCAUGGAGAAGACAACCAGCCAUGCAUUGCUGAGGAAGAACUAGUGAACAUGACCCAAGAAGAUCCUCCAGUGAGUCAAGUAGUUAGCCCAACUCCACCAGUUCAAUAGGCCACAACUCCCACUACAAGAAAGAAAGAGAGAGCUAGAAGCGCUCAUCAGCUAGUAAUGGGUUUAACAACUCAGUUUUUUUUUUUUUAAUUUAAUUUUUUACCCCACAAAAGAUUUUUUAGCUUUAGGAUUUGAAAAUCUUUCUUAAGAGUUUGUUUGGUUGAAGGAUUGGGUGUGAUGGAUUUGUCAACUAAUCAGAUUGCAAUAUUUGAAAAUAUUAUAAUUUGAUUGAUUAUAAUUAAAACGCAUCCUUUUUG